AAAGUAGUUAUGCUUAAAGCAUCAGAAAGUAUAUUCGUAAAAAUUUAUACAUAUUUAUAUAUAUUUUAUUCCUAAACAACAAUCCCUUAUUGAAGAAGAAACUUUGGUGAUGGGCAAUAUGAGUUCCACAAACAAUGAAUCCGAUUCCACUUCAGGAUCUGUCUCAGAUAGCGAGGAUAUAGUAGAGACAAGUACGAAUUCAAAUGCCAAUGAACAAGAACUGGAUAAUACACCCAGUACUAGCAAUAAAAAGCCUCGAACCCCGAAACGUUCCGUUAUUAGUCAAAUUGCAAAGAAACGUGCUCUUUUGAAGAAAUCGCAUAACCGAGCCAGCUACUACAAGUGUCCAAUCUGUCAGGACAAUGCCGCCGAAAAUCAUCCAUUUUCCACAAAUUGUGGUCAUGUCUUUUGCCGAGUGUGCAUUAAGCGCUGCAUUUUUAUGUUCCACAAAUGUCCUUUAUGCAGGAAGUCAUUAACCUUCAAGAAAAUAAGGCCCAUCUAUAUUUAAAGGACGAUCCUAGUCGAACAGCCAGUAACCUAUAUCGCAAAGAAGCCAAAAAAAUAGUUUUUCUAGUUUCUGUUUACAAGUUCAAAACUCAAAUAAUUGGAAUUAAAAAAAAUGUUUCCAUGUUCCUUGCUGCCUACACGUCCAUGUUUUACACCUUUUCGUCUAGAUAGAAACACUGAUUUUAAUUAAGCCAUCAAAAAAGAUGACACACAAAAACCACGAAUGGCCAAAGGCCUACAAAAUGCAAUUAAAAUGUUUUAUCAAAGUGUUAAACUUUAAAUAAUAAAAUGCAAACGGUUGGAUUUGCACUAUCAAUUAA